GUUGCUCCCUGGCAGUACCUCACAAUGUGCCAAUGAGCCAGACGAGUGAACACAGUAUGGAGUUAGUAAGGCGCAAAAGGGUGAAAGUGGCACCAAAAGUGCGGAAGCGACCAAGAGUCGCUCAACAGGGUAAAUCAAAUGCCUUGGACACCACAUUCAAACAUCGUGCAUUUCCAGGCAAUGUGCAAGACUUCAUGCACAUGGCAGUGAUCCUGGACGUCAUACUUGAAUCCUCCUCUCAUCAUUCCUCUAAUAAGAAUCCUCUAAGAGUUGCUCAGUUACCUUGUCUCAAGGACACGUGCAGCGUAGAUCAUCACUUCAUUGACGACGCCACAUCCUCUUUCGCUGCUUCACAGGUUGCACACAAUCCCUUCCCAUUGGUAUAUCAAAGCACUUGCAGUAUCACCAAGGUUGAAAAUCGAGACAGAACGCAAGUGCCUGGGACGUUUCUCAUGCAUGGGCAGUGGUGUAGCGAGGGGGGACUGGGUUUGGAACCCAGUUUGGUUCAAGCCCCACCAACUCUGGUCGGAAUGCGUCCGCCCCACCCCGACAAGAAACAUGUGGUCCUGUGGCAGGACCACAAGGAGCAGCGGUCGAAGGGUCGGAAGAAGCAGUUCCUGGUCCAUCUGCUGAAGUUAGUGCUCCUGAUGCACAACCCCCGCCGCUGGCAGGUUGCUGGGUGUGCUUCAAAGAGGUGUGCCAAUCACACCAGAAUGGCAGAUGCCUACGGGUAUCUACUCUUCUUAGGCAUCACAUGGAAGCCACAA